CAGUGUGUGAAUGGGGUCCCAUGUUUCCUUGUUUCCGUAGCAACCGGAAAGAAAUGGAAUUAAAAAAAACUUAGAAAACAGAAUGACCAAACAGGAAUUAACCUAAGGAAUCACAGUCAACCCCAAGAAAAAUAAAUCAUGGCAGAAACGAUACAACCUAGAAAGUUAAAAAAUAAGUGGCUGUGUCAAUUCCAUUUUACACUAUAAAUGAAUGAGUUGAUUAGUUUCAUUGAAAAAGGGAAUAGAAGCAAGGGAGAGAUGGGAAAAGAGGAGAUAGUGGAGGAAGCAUUCAGGAGCUUAGGAAAAGGGUUUGACUUGACCUCAGAUUUCAGACUCAAGUUCUGCAAAGGCGAAGAGCGUAUGGUUGUUCUGAACGAAACGGAGAGAAGAGAUGUCAGGGUGCCUGGUUUCGGAACCAUUAAGGAUGUCUCUGUUGACAUCAAAUGCGACAAAGGUGACCGCACUCGCUACCAGUCCGACAUCCUUACCUUCACCCAGAUGUCGGAGCUGUUCAACCAGAAGAGCUCAAUACAUGGGAAAAUUCCAUCAGGGUAUUUCAACAGAGUGUUUGGAUUUGAUGAAGCUUCGUGGGCAAGUGAUGCAGCCAACACAAAGAAUUUGGGUCUUGAUGGAUAUUUCAUAAUUCUCUUCAAUGUUCAUAUUGAUCGAUACCCGCUUCAACUAUCUAAACAAGUCAUUCAACAUCUUCCUUCUUCCUGGGAUCCUCCUGCACUUGCAAGAUUCAUUGAGAAAUAUGGGACACACAUCCUGGUGGGGCUGAGCAUUGGUGGCAAAGAUUUGGUGCUUGUGAAGCAAGACGUGUCUUCCAAUUUGGGGCCAUCAGAUCUGAGGAAGAACUUGGAUGACCUUGGAGAUCAGUUAUUCACUGGCACUUGCAAUUUCCUUCCUAAAACCAAAGAUCACAAGAACAAGGCACCACAGGCUUUUGAUGUGUUUGGUCCCAAAGUUGUUGCCUUCAAUAGCUCCACAUGGGUUUGUGCAAAGGAUGGAAUAACAGUGAUAUGUUCAAAGAGAGGAGGAGACACACAAGUGAGCAACCAUUGUGAGUGGCUUCUCACAGUUCCAGAGAAGCCAGAUGCAGUUCAUUUCAACUUCAUUCCCAUCACUUCUCUUCUCAAAGGUGCUCCUGGCAGAGGCUUCCUCUCACAUGCUAUCAACCUCUACCUCAGAUAUAAACCUCCUAUGUCAGAUUUGCCAUACUUUCUUGACUUCCAAGCACACAAACUUUGGGCUCCCAUUCACAAUGAUCUGCCUUUGGGUCCACUCACAAACAGAACCAAUCCUUCACCUUCUCUCACCUUCAACUUGAUGGGUCCCAAGCUUUAUGUCAACACAGCUAAGGUUACAGUUGGUAAGAGACCAAUCACAGGGAUGCGUUUGUUUCUUGAGGGCAUCAAGUGCAACAGAUUAGCCAUACACCUGCAACACCUGUUAAACACUCCAAUAAUGUUUGAUGGGAAAAUAGAGGACACAACAAUAUGGUCAGAAGAAGUCAACGAUGACCGUUUCUUUGAAGCAGUCAACAGCAAGAAAUUCUCCCAUGUGUGCACAGCACCAGUGAAAUACAACACCAGAUGGAGGACUGAAAAUGAGGACGUGGCAUUCAUUGUCACUGGGGCACAACUUCAUGUGAAGAAACAUGAUUCAGUAAGGAAUGUACUUCAUCUUAGGCUACUGUUCUCUAAGGUGUCUAAUUCAGUUGUUGUGAAAUCAAAUUGGACACAAGGGUCUUCAGGGUUGUCCCAGAAAUCUGGGAUAUUCUCAGCAAUAAGCACAUCAAUUAUUUCUGGAAGUAACAAAGAUCAUAAAAAACCAGCAUCAGUGGUUGUGGAUUCAAGUGUGUUUCCAACAGGGCCUCCAGUGCCAGUGCAAACAAACAAGCUACUGAAAUUUGUUGAUUUGUCACAGUUGUGUAAAGGGCCACAAGAUAGCCCUGGCCAUUGGUUGGUCACUGGAGCAAGAUUGGUCUUGGAUAAGGGUAAAAUACGUUUAUGGGUUAAGUUUUCCUUGUUAAACACUGGUGAAUGAAACAGCAUCAAAGGAAGGAAAAUUUUUCAAACAAUUAUGUUUAUAUCAUAGAAUAGUUUAUAGGUUCAAAUGUUCAAUCAUUAGAAUAGUUACUCCAUGGUCCAUGCCAUGUACGCUUCAUUAGAUUCGUACUCUCUCUUUUUUUUUUUUUUUUCAUUCUUUCUUU